GUGUAUUGGUUCCGUCCAAUAAUGACGACACUGACAAGAUGGCGGCCCUAGUAAACAGCGUGACCGACAAGCAUCUCAGCCCAAUUCUUUCCUUUUAGUUACGAAUUACACUAACUAAAGCGAAAAAACUAUACGAAGGUCCAGUUAGAUCAUUUCCACCUAAACCCGAUACAAGAAAAGGGAAAAAAUGCCCCACCGGAAGAAAAAGUCAUUCAUCGAUAAGAAGAAGGCGGUGUCCUUCCACCUGGUGCACAGGAGUCAGCGGGACCCCCUCGCGGCAGACGAGAAAGCGCCUCAGCACGUCCUGCUGCCUGCUGUCAAGGCGGACAUCGAGAAGCGGCGGGAGGAGCAGCGCAAUUUUGGAAUCUUCUUUGACGACGACUACGAUUACCUGCAGCACCUGAAGGAAGCUUCCGGACAGACGGAGCUGCUGGCCGCCGGACCCUCGGCCCGCUUUCACCUGCGCCGUGAUGGGAACGAUGAGGAGAACGCUGAGGAGGAAGAUGCGGAGAAGGAGCAGGUCGGACAUGAGGCCAGCAUCAAGCUGCCUUCGUCGGUGUUUGCCUCCGAGUUUGAGGAGGACGUGGGCCUCCUCAACAAAGCCGCUCCGAUAUCAGGCCCGCGUCUGGACAUGGACCCCGACAUCGUGGCCGCCCUGGACGAGGACUUCGACUACGACGACCCCGACAACGCGCUGGAGGACGACUUCAUCGCCAUAGCCAACAGUGCCAAGCGUGCCCAGCCCGGAAAUGACGACGACGACUCCUGGGAGGACACAGACGAUGACGAGGACAGCGAGUUUGACUCCGAUGGCGCCUUUUCAGCCGAGGAGGGCGGCGCCCGGGAGUUUCUGUUUGCCGACGAGGAGACCAGGACUCGCUUCACGGAGUACUCCAUGACCUCAUCUGUGAUGCGGAGGAACGAGCAGCUCACACUGCUGGACGACCGCUUUGAGAAGUUUUAUGAGCAGUUUGACGAAGACGAGAUUGGCGCCCUGGACAACGCCGAGCUGGAAGGGUACAUCACGCACGACAGCGCUCGGCUGGAGGAGGUCAUCAAAGACUACUUCGCCCAGAAGGAGAAAGAGUCAUUGAGGCUCGGUGACCUGGGCCCAAAAGAACCUCAUGUGCUACAAGAGGAGGAAGAGGAGGACGACGAAGGAGAGGAGGAGAUGGAGAAGUUGAUCGAAGCUCCAGAGGAGAAGUGGGACUGUGAGACCAUCAUCAGUACCUACUCCAACCUCUACAACAGACCCAAAGUCAUCGAACACCCUCCAAAGGUGAAGCCGAUCCGCGUCUCCGCUAAGUCGGGCGUCCCCUUGCACGUUCUCCCCGCCAGAGGGCCCACCGGCAAGCAAGCUGAGCGAAUGAGCAGGAUCGACGACUCGGAUCUCCCGCGGGCCGCCACUCUGCCGCGCGGCAGAGACGAGAGCAAGGACGAGAGGAAGGCCCGUAAGAGCGCCAUCAAAGAGGAGCGCAAGGAGAGGCGCGUGGAGAAGAAGGCCAACAAGAGGGCGUUCAAGGAGGAGAAAGUGCGUCAGGAGAAGCAGAUGCUCAACCUCAGGAACAACAUUCAGGGCCUCAAACUCUCAUAGACAGACGACAAACGCAGGACUACUUUGCAGAUUUUUUUUUAAUUUCCUCAAGUCUUUCUGUGCCCAAAUGCAGUCUUUGUAUUUAUCGCUUGCUUUCUGGCUCCUUUCUUGUUCAUCGAUCUCACAAAGGUGCGGUGUUUGGAUGCUGAGGUUUUUUGAAGCAGACCUCCCCCACUCAUCAAAUUUGGAGAUAAACGUUUCUCUACUCCGUCAAUUAAGAGGAGAAGUGUGUACUACAUAGACAGGUUAAAGGUCAAGUGUCAUCCCUAUGAACAUUCUAAAAUACGUAUAACAUUAUUCACUUCAAUGUCUAUACGAGAAAAUAAAUAUGAGCGGAGAGCGUGUCAUCCAUGCGCAAA